UUAAUAUGCAGGUUAUUUUCUGAUUAUUUUGCACACUAGAGGAUAUUCUGGACCUUAAUUCCUGGUUGGAGAAGUACCUUUGGUCUAGAGUCUUUAUUGAUUGAACCAAAUUGACCCAAGAGUCUUUGCUUGUAAAGUAAAUUCAUAAGGUAACCAAGCAUCAAAGUGCCACUUAUUCCUCACUUUGAGUAACCAUGAGCUGCAAUGCUUAUAGAAGUUUUACUCUACAAAACAUUCUUCUUGGACUAUCUGUGACAUUUUUGUUGGUUUCAGUGCAUGGUGGAUUUCUUGUAAAGACCACGAGAAGAAGAAGGGACACUAAGGAAGUGGAGGGGCAGAAUGCCAACGAAAGCUUAUCCUUGAAGGGGAAAGCCAUGGUUUUUAACCAUGUGUACAACAUCAACGUUCCUUUAGAAUCACUGUGUUCUGUCAGCUUGGAUUCUUCUGCUGGGGAUGGAGUAAAAGUGGGGGAAAGAGAAGCAGCCACACAGUACACAGAGCACACAAUGGAUGCAGAAAACCAGGUGAUUUUCACACAUAAGAUCAACAUCCCAAAACAAGCCUGCGCCUGUCCGAGUUCAGUGACCAUGCAAGAGCUGGUCAAUCGUAUAGAGGUGUUGGAGAGGGAGGUCUCCUUUCUGAGGCACCAGUACAGUACCCACUGCUUUGGAGAAAGUCCAGUCUCAGGUCGGCUGGAUUAUGUGCCUCAGUGCAGUGGACAUGGGAAUUUUAGCAUGGACAUUUGUGGCUGUAUUUGUGAGGAUGGCUGGAUGGGAAAAAAUUGCUCAGAACCUCGCUGUCCUGAUGACUGCUCUGGCAGAGGCUUAUGUCUUGAAGGUGAAUGUAUAUGUGAUAGUGAUUUUACUGGAGAUGACUGUUCUCAGGAGCGAUGCCCGAACGACUGCAGUGGAAAGGGACUUUGCAUUGAUGGCGAAUGUGUCUGUGAAGAAACUAACACUGGGGAUGACUGUUCUGAAGUGCGUUGUCUCAAUGACUGUUCUGACCAAGGCAUUUGUAUUAAUGGAACCUGUGAAUGCAAGGAGGGUCACUGGGGAGAGGACUGUUCACUUCUGACCUGCCCCAACAGCUGCAGCCAAAAAGGUCGCUGUAAGGAUGGCACUUGUACUUGUGAUGAAGGGUAUGUGGGCAGCGAUUGUUCAUCAGUUGCUCAUCCUUUAAAGCUGAAAGUGUCUGCGAUUGCUGAACAUGCUAUUGACUUGGAGUGGGAAGGUCCGUUAAUCGUGGAGGAUUAUCUGAUUGCUUACAUGCCAACAACUCCUGGAGGUGUUCAGCUGGAGCUGAGGGUGCCAGGCAACUGGACAAGCUGUACACUUGGUGAGCUGGAGCCUGGUGUUGAAUACAACAUUAGUAUCUACGCCACCUUGGAUAAUGUGCACAGUGCACCAGUCAGUGUCCAAGUGUCAACAUAUCUCUCACCUCCAGAAGGUAUACUUUUCAAAUCCAUCACAGAGACAUCAGUAGAGGUGCAGUGGGAGCCAUUUUCAUACUCUUUUGAUGGCUGGGAAAUUAGCUUCAUUCCAAAGGACAAUGAAGGUGGAAUGAUUGCCCAGCUUCCCAGUACGAUGACAUCUUUCAACCAGACUGGGUUAAAGCCAGGCGAACAGUACACUGUAAAUGUGGUUGCACUAAAGGAUCAAGCCAGAAGUCCUCCCACUUCUGCAGUGGUGAAAACUUUAAUUGAUGGUCCAAGUCAUCUGAUUGUUCGAGAUGUAUCCGAUACAGUGGCCUUUGUGGAAUGGACACCACCAAAGGCAAAGGUGGAUGAAAUCUUGCUGUCUUAUGGACCCCUGGAUGCAAAUGCUCCCCGGACAAUGUUCAGAUUGCAGCCUACUUUAAGCCAGUACUCCUUGCAGGUUCUCCGGCCUGGAGUUCACUAUGAAGUCUCAGUUACUGGCAUUCAGGGAGGAGUUACCAGUGACAGCAUGUCUUAUGUAUUUGCUACAGAUAUUGAUGCUCCAAAAAAUCUCCGUGUAGUCUCUAAAAGUUCUAGAUCUCUGGAUCUAGAGUGGGACAAUAGUGAAGCUGAAGUGGAUAGCUACAAAGUGGUCUACAGUACUCUGGCUGGAGAUCAGUAUCAUGAAGUCAUUGUACCACGAAAUGAUGGACCAACCACUAGAGCUGCACUCACAGAAUUAGUACCAGGUACAGAAUAUGGUAUUGGGAUAUCUGCCAGCAUGGGCAGCAACCGAAGUUCACCAGCAACUAUGAACGCAAGAACUGAUCUGGACAGCCCUAUGGAUUUGACUGUGACUGCCUCCACUGAUAAUUCAAUCUCCUUGCAGUGGAGAAAAGUCAAAGGUCCAAUUGAUCAUUAUCGAGUCAAAUAUACUGCAUCCAAUGGGCAAGCAGCUGAAGUUCUUGUCCUCCAGAAUGUGUCAGACAUCACACUGACUGACCUCGAACCUGGAACUGAGUACGCAAUAGUGGUUACAGCACAGCGUGGCAGGCAGCAAAGCUCUCCAGUCAGCAUUGAUGCUUUCACAGGAUUCCGACCUGUCACACAGCUGUACUUCUCCGAAAUCACUUCUUCCACAGUGACAGUGGCUUGGAGUUCACCUGCCCCACCAGCUGAUAUGUUUAUCCUCAACUACAAUCCCCAGGACCAUGGUGAAACCUUACAGGUCACUCUUGAAGGCUCAAAAACUCAGGCCAAACUCACCGGUCUGCAACCAUCCACAGAGUAUAUUGUCACAUUGGUCACUAUACAGGGCACUGUGCCCUUUGAACCUGUAACGGGCUCAGUAACCACAGGACUGGAUCCACCAAGGGAAACAUCAUAUUUAAAUGUUACAGAAGACUCAGUCUCAUUAUCCUGGUUACCACCCAUUGCACCAUUUGACUACUACAAGAUGUCCUACCAGUCAUCACGAGGAAGAGUGGAAAAUAUAGUGAUUGACAAUCAUAUAACAGAAUACACCGUGAGCAAUCUGCACCCUGCUACAAAAUAUGACAUCAACCUAACUGCUGUACGAGGAAGUCAAGAGAGUGACAUUGUCAGCAUUACAGCACACACAGCUAUGGACAGCAUUCUGGGACUGCAAGUUGUGGAUAUCACUCCAAAUGGAGCUCUGCUUCAAUGGCACCCCCCUCUCUCUAGUGUGGACAACUAUGUUUUGGUUUUAACGCACAAUCAGAUGACAGCGGAUACCAAGAUCGUGGAAGGCACCAGUCGAGAGUAUAAACUUACCAACCUCAUUCCCACUACUACCUACACAGUGGCCAUGUAUGCUACCAAGGGAUCUGUGACCAGUGAAACCAUUAAUACCAAAUUUACUACACCUAUGGAUGCUCCACAGAACUUGACAGCUACUGAAGUGACCCAUCGAAGCGCCCUAAUUGCUUGGAAGCCUCCAGUCUCUGACAUUGACAACUAUGUGCUCACCUACACAACUGCUGACCGAAACAGAAAGGAAUUGAUCUUGGACUCUGAAGACACAUGGAUCCGGCUGGAAGGCCUCUCAGAAACCACUGAGUAUUCGGUCAGGUUAAAUGCUGCUCAUGGUGCUGAAACUAGUGACUCCGUCCUCACCACUUUCACCACCAGCAGUCGUCUCUUUGCCAUGCCCCAGAACUGUGCGCAGCACCUUCUGAAUGGUGAAACCCUUAGUGGCAUUUACACUAUUUACAUAAACAAGGACCCAAAUCAAGGAGUUCAAGUGUACUGUGACAUGACUACCGAUAGUGGAGGCUGGAUUGUAUUCCAAAGGCGACAGAAUGGCUUGACAGAUUUUGCCAGAAAGUGGAAUGAUUAUAAAGUUGGAUUCGGCAACCUGGAGAAUGAGUUCUGGCUUGGACUAGAUAAUAUUCAUCGGAUCACCUCUCAAGGGCGCUAUGAACUCCGAAUCGAUAUGCGAGAUGGACAAGAAUCUGUGUAUGCUAAUUAUGACCGAUUCUUCAUCGGUGAUGCAAGAAACUUGUACAAGCUCAGAAUUGGGGAGUACAAUGGAACAGCGGGGGACUCCCUAAGCUACCACCAGGGUCGCCCAUUCUCCACUAAGGACAAAGACAAUGACAUUGCGGUCACCAACUGUGCCUUAUCGUAUAAAGGAGCUUGGUGGUACAAAAACUGUCACAGAGCAAACCUGAAUGGAAAAUAUGGAGAGUCUAGGCAUAGUCAGGGGAUAAACUGGUAUCACUGGAAAGGACAUGAAUUCUCUAUUCCCUUCAUAGAGAUGAAGAUGCGGCCAUUCAACUAUCGAAACAUUAGUGAGAAAAAGCGAAGAUCCACAAGGCUAUAAUUUCAGAAUACAACUAGCUGUUUCUAUUUUUAAAGGAGUGAAAAGGAUAAAGAUCUGUUGAUUAAGAAGUGAAUUUACAGCAUGGUUUUGCAGAAAAGGAUAGAAGUAUAAAAAGGGAAAUGAACUAAGGCUUUAACAACAUGAGGAUUUAGAGGGAAGGUGUUUUUUUUCUUUGCUUUCUUUUUCUCCUUUUAGCUUAUUCGGUGUCUACUUACUGGCAUAGAGUUUGUAAGAAGCAUAGCACAUAUGCUUUUAGCUGAUAACUAUUGUUUUUUAAAACAGGUACUGUAUCUUGAUUUUGUAACUAUCAGAUUUCCUAACUCCAAUCACAUUUUUAGUUGAGAAUGGAAUUUAUUUGAUUUGUGACGAGGUUAUUUCACGUUAACAGUUCCAUGGUCAUCCUUCUGCUGUACUUUUACCAUUUCACAGCUUCAACCUAAUGGCUACUCGGUAAUACCUGUUGUACUUACCUCGCCACCAUGUCACAUGUUUCUCAAUUGUUACUUUAACCUUCAGAAGCAAUAUCGUACGCUGUUUUUUUUUUAUGGCAACUAGGUAGGCUACAUUCACUUUCAUCAAUUUUAAUAUUUAUAAAUUGCAUUUACUUUUUUUCUUCUUUAAAAUAUUUAUUUUAGUAGAAUUCCCUCUGCAUUAUUUGUGUAAGCAUUUCCAUAAGCAUUUAGUUAUAAUAUUCUGGACAUAGUUUAGUCAAUGAUUUGUCUCCCUUACUUAAAAUUAGAAAUGAUUUAAAAUUGGCUUGCAUCAGAAGUGAAUAAUGCAGUAAGCUUUAGGAUUUUGUAUGAUAAGAAUAUAAAAUAUAUGCAAGAGGAUUCUGCAUGUUUUUUUUUGUUUUUUUUUUUAUAAAUAAGCAGAUUCAGUAAUGGGCUGGGGUUCCAUCCCAGGCAAAGUCUCCAAGACCUGGGUUGGUAUUUGGCGCUGUGCAGUUCUAUAUGAGAUAAAAUGAAAUUAGGUAGGCUUGUCAUAUUAUGUGACUAUCUCACUCUCCUCUUUUUCAGCCUAAAAAUAACUGGCAGCAGCAAAGGUAACUGUGGGUGAUGGCCAAUAAGCUAAUGCAAUCACUAGGGGGUAUCUCAAAGCCCCAAACACCAUAAGAGCUGCCACAGACACAUUCCCAGGUUACAGUACCUUAAGAGGUUUGUUAUGUCAAUUUAGCACAAUACAAUACAGCUAAGAUGCUUUAUCCAUCUCCUUCUACUCCUCUUUAGCGAGUGUCAUCCUCUUCCUUCUGACUCUGACUCAUAGAGUGAGGUGAGACACCUCCUUUUAUGUUGGACCCAGGACUACUUUUAAUGCCACAGGUUUGCAUGACAAAAGCACUUCUGGGCCAUAUGAAAGCUGCACAAAACAGGGAGGUUCUCUUUUCACAGCACCCUCUGGUGGCACCCAAAGACCCUGACAGGGUCCAAACUACAAGUCCCAGGCAACGCUGUGGGUGUCCAAAAUGGGACCAAGUCAGAGGACCAUGUCCACCUCUUCUACUGGGGGCUGAAUUGUUCUUGAUAUAAGGUCUUCCCCAGUCCAUUCAUUAUCUGUUCACCUCAACUAGGAAAAGAAUUAAAAACCAUCCUGGCUAGGUUACACUUCCAUUCAUGUUGUCCUUCCAAAAAGGCCUCUAAGCCAGUCUAUCUGUUAUGGCAUUCACUUUAACAAAGAGAAUGCGCUACACUUCUUACAAAGAACUGGCCACACAUUGACAUCCCCUUGGUCUGAUGAUGCAUCUUAUCUAUAACAUCUUAAGAAAAUAUGUAUUAGAUCAGUAUUCUUCUGUGCUCCUUUAAGCAAGACUAGUGAAGCAGGAUUUACAGAUGGAGGAAAGUAACUGUGUUGGGAACUUUUCUCUUAAAGGUCUGCAAGUACUACUAUUGUAUAUAAGGAUCACCCUAAUAAUGCUUAUUUCUAUAUUUCAUUUUAAAACCGUGAAAAUCCAAAAUUCUCUUUUAAUAUUAGUGUCACCAUAAGCUUCCACUUGUAAAUCAAAAAAUAUAAAUAAAAGGCAUUACUUUAGCGAUGGCAACCAUAUUCUAGGUGUUGUAAAGGUAUUUUUCAUGCAUCAGUGGAAAUGAAUAACUCCUCACCUCUGAGCUGUACACCUGAAUUUUGUAUAUCUGACUUUCUUAACAUGUCAUUAAGUCCACAUGAGAAUAAUUUUGCAAUUUUUAAAUAAACAUCUUAUCUGUUGGAAAUAUCCAUUAUAUUAUACUUUUAGUUAGCGAUGAAACCACCCAGUCUAGACUCUGUCUGUGUGAAGUGUCCACCUUCUUUACAUACCCAGGUUUCUUAAAACAUCCUAGAGACAUGAUUGAGGUGACAAAUGUUAAAUAAAUAAAAACAUAACAUAUGCAAACCCAGUUAAUCCAGUUCAGGGGAUGGGUAGUUAGGCAAAAGUCAGAAUGCAGUCCGUCUCAUGGCCCAUUCAAGUACACCUCCACACAGGGACUGAGACCAGUUUAGAAUUUGCAGUUAACCUAGCCUGUAUGUUUUUGGGAAUGUGGGAAGUAUACUGGAGUACCUAAAGGAAAACCCACACAGACAUGGCAAGAACAUGCAAACUUCACAAGAACUACAUCUGAGCACAGCUCAGGACAUUUGGUCCAUGAGUACUACCAAAUUGUACCACCCUAGAUAGUUUUUAAUGUAUAUUUAACUAAUGUUACCUCUGAUAACUGUUUUAUAGCAGGUACAUUAUACACACUUCCCUUGGUAAAAUGUUACAGUUUGUUCCCAGUUUUUAUUUAUUAAUUGACAUAUGUUCAUUUUUAGCAAGACUGGUGACCAGUGGCACUAAACCAAAGACUCAGAAAUUAAGUAAGCAGAACAAAAUGCCAGAGUGAAUAUCAACUAUUUAAAAUUAGCAGUGUUCCACUGAUCUUUUUUAUUCCUUCUUAGAACUGACAGGAAUGUUUAAAAAUAACAAAGCCCUCAUUCAAUCAUUUUGCCAUCAGAUGUCUUAUUGGUCAUGGUGAUAUUUAUAAAAAACGAUUUUAGGCCAAGAUGCUUUUAUUUGACUAAUGUUAUGAUAAAUUGUGUCCUAGCUGGAUGCUAAAACACAUAAUGCAGUGCAUCACUUCAUCUGUUUUCAUGUCUUAAGCAGGACUCCUGAUUUUCUAUUGCUUUGUUUUUAACUUUGGACUGUUUGUAUCAAAGGUCCAUGUCUUAAUUUAAGGGGUGCUAAAAUCCAGACCUGAAGUACUAGACUGAAACUGAGUGCCAGCAUAAUUUGCGCCUUCAGAAUUUUGGCUCGUCUAUCCAAAUUUUCAAACUGAACUUUUAGAGUUUUAGUCUGAUGUGUUUGAAAAAAAGUGGCCAAAUUAAAAUCCCGUGCUUAACUGCUGUAGAGUUUUAGAUGACAAGCUUUUACUUCUUUAUUUUCUUAUUUCAGCAUCACAUUUCAUCAGUUUAAAAAAUAUAUAUUACAGUUUGAGUAUGGGGAAUUCUUAUUUAUAUUUAGCUACAGAUGAUCCACCUAAAAUAAUGCUUAACUAGUAAUUAUAGUAAAUCCAACAAAUUUCAUGGCAUUUAUUAUUUCCUCAGAUGCUAUUAGUAGUACUGCAAUUUAAAUUUUUAAAAAGUGUUACUGGCAUUUCCUGAUGGACAACAGUAUAGUAUAAAAUAAUCAAUUUACUUUUCACUUUUCAUAUACUCAUUUGUGGAGAUAUUUACUGCUGACCUUUAACAAAAUGUGUGACAAAUGUUGGAGUUACAGAGAGCAAACAUUUGUCUGCUGGUGGCAUGCUUAUCACCUUCUGUUUGUACACCUGCUAAAGUCUAUGCAGUUGUGGUAAUGUUCUGCGACAUUACACAUAAGCAAAAUUUCCAGGAUGUGAAAAGUAUGAAGGGACACACACCCAAGAGCAGCUGCUGCUUGAGGGCAAGUGGAAGGGAACAGAAACUUAUUUUGGGGCAGUGGGACGGUGCACAUCAAGCAUGCAAAAGGGACCAGAUCGCCAAAAUUGCUCACAAAGUAAUCAAAGCAUUCAUUAUAUGACAUCUAUAAAAAGUAAGCCUGGAAAUGUGUUGGGUGAUCCGAACCAUUAUCAGCGCAAAGUCUAACGGCUCUUUCAAAAACUGCACGGUACAGUACACAUGUACUGUAUCUCUAAGGUUUUAAGAAGUCUUCUUACACCUUACUGGCAUAAGGUGGCUUGUCUUUAUCAUUUGUUUCAUGAAGAUUAACUGCUUCUGUCUUAAAGUCGUAAAUAAUGAAAUUCCUGGUCAGUAACAUAAUGUGAUGCACACUUAUAUCUAUUCUCUAUAUAUAAAAUCCUAAGUCUAAAAGUGCAACGAUUUUAUGUGACUUUUUUGUCACGCAUUAAAUCGGGCUUAUUUUAAAACCUACAUAUAUAUGUUUGGUAUCAUUCUUUUCAGAAUUGAUCGAACUUUAAUGUGAUGUUGUUAGAUUUUCAGAUUCUUAUUCUGUUUUUUAAAUUAUAAACUAAAAAAUAUCAAGAACUCAUGUCCUGCAAGACGAAACUUUGUGCCAAGGGAUUUAACCACAACCGGGGCCAGAAAUAGAGUAGAACAGCUGCUGUACAGGCUUUUAAAUGUUCAAAAUGCUGUGCGAGAUGCAGAUCACGUGGAACGGCAGCAGCAGCAAUCCAGCAGCUGAUCGAGCAAAGAGGAGACAAAAAAACCUGUAUUUGUUUCCCAUUGUAUCACCGUUUAAGAGGGGUUUUCGGAGGAGCGACCGCGUCUGCUUGGGGUGCAUUCAGCCCCCCUCUUCACAAUGUGAGCAGCAGAGACGUGAAGUGGCUGGUGCGUAGUGCAGGAUGGGGGGGUUGGCGAGCAAAGCGAGCAGGGGGAACCCCCUAGUUAUUUAAUAUAAUAAUAAUAAUUUUUAUGUUCCUCCAAUGUCGAUCUGGGCUUUCACUGAAUUCGUCCCAAUAUCAGGCUAGACUGAAUAUGGCCAGCAAUUUCUGAAUCCAAGUUUGAGUUCCUGUAAGUGUGCAUUCUGGGUGUACUUUACAUAUUUCUUCCAUAUAUUUAUUUACUGUGGGGUUCCUUCCCCAUCCUAAUGACCUGCUGUAAAGUUAAUUCGAGACACUAAAUUGUUCUGGUAUGAGUAAGCGUGACACUAUGUGAUAGUGCCCUGUUUAAUGUUGCUUCCAUGACAGGCUCCAACUAACCUGAUAUAGACAAUAAUUCUUAUAAAGUAUUUUUAUAGGUAAAAUAUAAAUAAUAACAUAUAAGUUCAUAUGCAUUCUCAAAACUCACUGAACUUUAUUUCAAAACAAUGUCUACCAGACUAGCUGAAUUUCAGAAAUGUUCUCAUCGGUUACAGAUUAAUUAAAUGCCACCAUGUACAACACUCUGCAUGAAAAAUCUUAACUACAGCCAUCACUAUAUAAAUGUGUAAUAAUCUGAACAAAAACAAAAAACAUUUUUCAAUGUUUCUCUCACCGUGAUUAAAUUUGAAAAUAAGUGCAUGUCAGCCUAGGUAGGUUUUCUUUGAACACUCAUGAGACUGUGGCUGCCCUUUCUGUGAGCUGCCAUUAUUAAUUCUAUUCUGAUGUCUCUUUUUUUUUAUUGUUGAACAGAUAGAUACAGUAUGCAAUUAAGAACAUAUUGGCUGCAAAUUAAGAGCUGUUAGUACAAAAGAGUGCAAUUUUAUAGUAGUUUGUUACUUUAGUAUUAUUUUUAUUUAUUUUACAUGCUGUACAUCAAUUUUCCAUUUCCAUUUGCACUGUAGUCAUCUAGAUAUUUGUAAAUAUUAUCCUGUUACCUUUUAUAGAUUGUUUAGUUAUCAACAUUAUUGUAUUCUAGGUCAUUUUUUUGGACAUCGCUAAAAUAUGUGCCAAAUAUUUACCAACCAAUUAUUGAGGGUACCAAGGGUCCAUCAUUCCUAUAAAAGCAAUAUUUACUUUAAAUAACAUGUUCUUCACUUUCAUAAAGCAAUCACAGUGGCUUCACUUCAAGCAAACAUUUGUGGUGUUGUUCAUUUGUAUCAGCCAUUGCUCAGUUGUUCUAAGCUGACAUAAAAUGUGGGCAUUUUGAGAGGUGUCUGCUGUCUACAAGUUUACAAGUCUAUCUGUAUCAGGGAGUACAAGGGUUUUUUCUUCUCCAUGUCUUUUAUACUAUGUAAAAUAAAACACUGGUUAAAAUUAUGGUAUACCUCUCAUUCAUUACUGACAUUCAAAUACUUUGUUGGCAUCAGUUAAACAUUUUUAUUUAUAAAGUAAAAAAUGUGCUGUAAAAUAAUUUUAAUAUUAAAUGAUUCUGUCCUUGACUAAGAAAGCUGUCUGCUUCCCCUUGUUUUCUCUGUUUUUAUUGGCAAAGCAUUGUGGAUUGAAAGGCACGAAAAGACAUGAAAUUUCUAUAGAAGCAACCUGAACUCCUCUGUGUGUAUUCCGUUUUAAAUAUUAAUUAAUCUCUGGUAAGUAAAUCAAGGCUGCAUAAAUUAUUAUCCAUGCACACUGGCAUACUGCUAUGUUUUAUACCACUCUUUGAAGGAUCAUACUGCUCAAAGGUUAUUUUUAAAAAGUGUCAGCUCCAGAAAAAAUCUGAAAAACUCCAAUAGUCUCUAAAAUAAAACAGUUAAAAAGUCUGCAGAUAUCAUUUAUUUUCAAAUACUAAUAUUCAUUAAAAAAUAACAUACUGUCAAAUAUUCGAACAAUAUUGUGAAAUAAUUUUCCAGGAAUUAAACAGAGUAUGUGUGAGAAACUUGGAAGGUAAUUUACAGAGCAGGCAAUUCAGAAUAAUAACCUUUAAUUCAGACAAAAGGUGUUUUUUUUUACUUAUGGUCAUUUUCAUUUCUUGAUCAUGUUUGUUGGCAAAUAAAUAAUUUUAUUGGAUGUCUUUGAUUUGUUUACUUGUGGCUAUUAUUAUAUCCAUGCACAUGUUAGUUUGUUGCAUUAAGUGCAUUUAAUAUUUUGUGGCAAUAAAGACCAUUUUUGAAGAUUCAGAAUAAAUAGAUGGAUGUACUUUGCCUUCCAUGAGACAAACAGUACACAGAUUUACCUAAAUAUGAGGGCUAGCAAAAAAUUAGGAAAAAUCCAAAAGUUGCAUGUACUCUGAGCAAUUAAAUUUGUUAUUUUCCUAAACUGUUCUGUUUAGGGCACAAAAUCCUAUCUGUGUGAAAUCUGGCAGAAUGGUGAACCAACUCGCAACAGGACGCCCAUUCAUCACAGCGUGAUGAUGAUUCACUCUUCACUCAAAACAUUUUAGGUUGUGGGAGAAUGCCAGAGUAUUCAGAGGAACUUCAUUUCGUGUUUACUACACCCAUUUGCACAAAUUAUACACAUUUUGGCUAUGUAAAGCAGUUCAGUGUUCCAGCAUAUUCCUUAUGCAGUCCCACACUCUUGAUCUUCACCCAAAUGAGCCCAACAACUCAUCCUGGGGAAGGUCACAGACUAAAUACUGACCUGAAAAGGGUUUUUUCUUCCUAAGUAAUACAACCUACAUAAACAUUUUAUUCCAACUUCAUAUUUAUACCAUGUAUAUGCAACUCUGAUUUGAGCCCAACCCAACUUCUCAAGAUUUUGGAAUUCAUUGCAGGAAAGACCAAAGACUUCAAGUACAUAUUUAUGAGAACAAAAAUGACUAACAUACAAGCAUGACAAUGGAGCGGAAAAGAGAAUAUAUACAGAUUUUUCUUUUUUACCACAAUGUUGUCAUCAGUUGUUAGUGAACUGUCUCUGGGCGAGUUCCUAAAGCCUACACCCCUGAUCUUAGCCUGAUGCAGAGCAAAGAAAAACCUCCAACAAGCUAAGAUUAAGCUAAUUGCUUAUUGUUCAUUGUACCAUUUCUAUUUUGUUUAUUGCAUUUAAUUUAUAGGUUUUAAAUCUCAAUAUUACACAAAACUGUAACAACACCAUUAAAAUUCUGAUCAGAGACCUAUAUAAGUUAUCUAUAAAUUAAAUGUAUAUGGGAAUGAUAGCUAAGAAAAUGAAACACUUGUUAAUCAUCACUGGCUAAGCAAGCACUGACUAAGUCAAGUAGCCUACCUCACGUCUCCUGGGCCUCAGGCUUGGCUCCUGGCUCAGACACCAUCCAUGUGGCAUUGUCAUGUUCUGUAUCCAUGUAGGAUAUUUCCUGUUACUCUGUUCUCCUUCCACAUCCCAAAGAUGUAAAUUUACUGUUGAGUCUGCAGUAAUCUGGUAUGAGUGAGUGAGUGUGUGCUGCAGGACGGAUGAGAGUGUCUAGUAAUGGGCUGCCAGCUCUCCCGUUGUGUGCAGUUCUGCCAGCAUAGGUUCAGGUCACCAUGACUGUGUUUUGGAAAAUGUUUUCAGAAAAUGGAUGAAUAUGUUUAUAUAAAUAAAAACACAAAAGAAAGCAUUCCUGAGCAUCAACCAGGAAAUUUCAGAAUGAUCACUUCAAAUCUUCACAUUCUAAGAAAUGUGAAUGAAGUCAGACUUUUAACCUUUACUAUUAUUACUAUGGCCAAAAAUGGAUUUUCUUUAUGCAGUUUACAGAGUAAAGUUUUAUCUUAUGUGUAGCUGUGACCCUAAUGGAAUUUAUUUGAUCUUAUAGAAUAUUUUGAAGAAAGCUGAUCUUCCAAUUUAAGUGCCGCAGAACAUAACUAUUUUCACAUUCAUAAGAUAUUAGACUUUUUAUUGCUUUUUUGUUGACAAAGAUUUGUGUUGUUUUCACUUUUGCAAUUAAACACAUUCCAAAAAAUGAUAAUUGCUUAAAAGUUAAGCUGCUACAAGACAUAACUUUAGAUAUUUUGUUUUUCAUGGAUAUGGCUUGUCUCCAGAUCCACAAUGCUUUGCGGAAGUCUUUUGAAAACAAACCUUUCUAAGCAGAAGCUAAGCUGUCAGUUAAGAUGAAGCUAUAGAGCAGAGGUACAGCAUGUCUGAACUAAACACACCAUUCUAAAACAUGUUGAAAGCUUCAAAAAUCCAAGCAAUGCAAGGAGAAAAAUUGUAAUUAAUAACUGCUUCUAUUCCACGUUUUCAGUUUUUGAAACUCAAUUUUACCUUUUUAUGUUCACAUACCAAAAGAAGGCCAAUGUAUAUUUAAAUGAUCUCUGAAAUGUUCUUCUGUAUUACAUUAAUGUAUAUCUUCAAUUCAUGAUUGUAUCAAAUAUUUAAAAUGUAAUGUGUUUUGUGCAACCAUGCGAUGAAGUUAUUAGUUAUUGAAUUUUGUGGAUCAUGUUAAUUGUUUCAGACAUAAUGGGUGAAUUAAUAAGACAUGGUUUAUGAUCAGGUGAUGUUCACACACUUCAGUGAGCCAUGCAGAAUAACUUAAUUCAAUUGGCCAUAAUCAAUUCAGUGAUUUUUUUAUUUGAUUUUAUGCAUACAUAGAAAUUUUAUUUCAUUUCAUGUAAUUUGCUUUGUAGUAGAGGCCAUUAUGAAGGACAUCAAAUAAAAUAUCACUGCUUUCAUUUUUCUAACUUCUCCCCUAAUUGAAAUCCUAAAGUGUUUAAAACUAAUUUCACCUACAAAAAGGGCAUAUAAUUGAAUUCCCAUUUUAUUUUAUGUCCUAUAAAGCUUUCAACAUAUAUUUAUUUAAAAAAAUGAUGACAUUUCUAACCGCUCCAAAUGAAAUUAACAUUGAUGUAAAUGCAUAGCUUUACUCUAUAGCUUACUAUUGUUUUUUUAUGGAUCUAACAUUGCAUGCUGGACUGGUGCUAACUGUAUAAAUACUGGGAAAAAUGGCACAAACCAUGGGGGCGACAUCACACAUGCAUUGUCUUGUUUCUGCAAAAAGCUGAACUAUAUAGUUACCUACUGGAUGUGUGUGUUUUUAGCUUUAAUUAUUCUAAACAUGUGUAUAGGCCCUUUUUUUAAUACAUUUUCUACUCAUUAAUAAAAUAUGAGAAUUGAUCAACCA